CUUUUAUUCAUUUUAGGUCAGGAUUGUGGAAGACAGUUUUCUGAUGACGCUACGGAAAUUUCAUCCAAGCGUAUUAUGGGAGGGCAAAGUUGUCAUGUGUCCCGCUGGCCAUGGCAGGUAGCACUGAUCUCAGAUGGUGAACAAGUCUGUGGGGGGUCUCUGAUAACCUCUGACUGGAUUGUGACUGCUGCUCACUGUUUCGAUAAAGGUAUAUCAUGACACAUGCUCCUCUCAAACUCAUUGAUACAUUCGUGGUUUUGGAUCUAAAAAGAGAAAAGAGGCAUAAUGAAAAGGUAAAGAAAGUGAAAAUUCCCUUAAGUCAGACCUUAUUCCGAUGUUCCAAAGAGCCUUUCACUUCGUAAAAGUACUGUUCGCACGGGUGAGUCAUGUCAAAGCACACUUUUAAAAAAAUUAUCAUUUCAAAGUAAAAUUACAUUAAAAAUCUCCCGAAUUUAUCAACUGCCAUGAUUUUAGGAAAUUAUAGGACACUGAGAGGUCUCUCAAUACAGUUGUAUGUAGCAUAAUCAAUAUACUCAGUGCAAUUGGAGAACUUAUCACCUUUAUUGCGACGGCAAGUCAAAAUAUUGAUAUUCACAAGAGUGUGAUGAUUAACUGGGUUAAUUCUCUUGGAAGUUAUUUAUGGCUAAAAAAGGAAAGGUGUCUGUGGCUACUCCACCUUGAUUCCCGACCACAGAGGGCCAACGUUUCCAACACUGUAUAGAUAUGAAAAUCCAUCUCACCGAUCCUGAUUUUUCUGCGACCUUAUCAAUCUCCAUUUUGCUAACAAGGCAGAAUUUCUUCUCUCACAGAUGCUAUCCCAACUCACUGGAGUGUUAUAGCAGGUGAACGCAAUUUAAAAGUGAAUGGAUCUCUCAAAAGAAGCUUGGAGAUUUCUAAUAUCUAUCUUCACCCACAAUAUACAUCCAACGCACCAACGUACGAGUUUCCGUCGGACUAUGACGUUGGUGAGUAGAAUUUGAAGGAAAAAAACUAGAGAGCAGAAUGGAAUACAGAAUUAUAUUUUCUUAAAGGAAAGCCCAAUGAUAACCAGGUCAACGUACAUAUGCAGCCUACAGAAAGUUCUUACAUACCUGAAAGGGAUAUUCUUCUCAGGUAGAGCGCUGCAAGUGUGCCUCAUACACAAAUUAAGUUUUUUAAUCAGUUAGUUUUUAGUAAGACUAAGAGAGCAUAGAAUAUGAGGAGAAGUAGAUUAAGGAUUAUUAAAAAAGUCGAAAACUGGUGGAGGUAGGGGAGAGAGGGAAUGGAAGUGUGCCAUCAUGUCCCCUUCGUUUAUUAAUAGACCUUGGCAGCUCGAUUAGUGAGACAUGGCCUGCAUUGAAGAAUAGAGGCUGUAGAUUUUGAUUUUUAUUCGUUGAAUUCAAUUCAAAUUCAACUCACUGAUAAGCCAAUACAUGGAUGACCUCUAAAUUUCGUUAGUUUUAUGGCUUAUAACUUUUUAAGUUGAAGAAAAAAUAGCGGGGGGGGGGGACGCUAUGUUUAAUCGAGCGGGUACUAAUCAUGUCUUGAGGGACAAAAGCUACACUUAACCACACAAAACUUUAAAAAGAACCUUGAGUGCAUAGGUAUUUUAUAUUUUUUCCCUCAGCCAUGGUCCUUUUGAAGCAGAAGUUGUUAUUAACAAGCUGUACCUUUCCAAUAUGCUUGAUGCCAAACGAUGCACGUUUUCUCCCAGGCACUACAUGCUACGUUACCGGCUGGGGAAGACUGGCAACUAAUGGCCCUCAUCCAACGAUGCUUCAGGAGGCACAGGUUCCACUCGUGUCGAGGGAACUGUGUAACAACCCGGAGAUUUAUAACGGCCUCAUACAUGAAAGGGCUCUCUGCGCAGGUUCAGCUGAAGGAGGAGUGGGACCGUGUCAGUUUGACAGUGGAGGACCACUGGCGUGUCAAGAAAGUGGGUUAUGGUACCUUUCUGGCGUCGUUUCGUGGGGAGUGGGGUGCGGAGAGCCCAAUAAACUGGGUGUGUACAGUGAUAUGAGUGUUCUGAUGGAUUGGGUGAAAGAUAUGGUUGCUACAGACGCUAGUUUCAUUUGA